UCUGAUGUGUGCCGUGGUUUAAUGCUCUGUGAUUUAGCCGCUACUUUUCAAUGUGAAAACGCAUUUUUACUGCAAACAUGAGUGCUGGAGGAGGAACUCCUUACAUUGGCAGUAAAAUAAGUUUGAUAUCCAAGGCGCAGAUUCGAUAUGAAGGAAUAUUGUCCUCUGUCGAUACAGAUAGGUCCACGGUUGCUUUAGCCAAAGUUAAAUCCUAUGGGACAGAGGACCGGCAUUCAGACAGACCAGUGCCACCCAAAGACGAAAUUUAUGAAUACAUAAUCUUCAGAGGAAGUGACAUCAAAGACAUCACUGUGUCUGAACCACCGAAGUCGCACCAUGGACUGCCUUGUGACCCUGCUAUUGUUCAGUCAUCCAUUGGCAAUUCCUCUGCUGCUUAUCACCCACGCUGGAGUCCAUACAGAGACAUGAUGCCCACUUAUAACCAGCUGGCUGCUAGUUCUCUACUCAACCAGCAGUAUAAUGCAGCACUGGGCCUAGUACCAGGAUUUCACAGCAUCCCAGCGAGAAGAGCUCCCAUGGUCGAACAGGCUGUCCAGACCGUGCCGUUGGUCAGUGCUGCCCAGAACAGAGAGAGAACCUCAACCAAGCCGCCAGGCCGCCAGCCUGUUCGUCCAACCCAGCGCUCUGCUCGGGGUGGCUCCCAGGUUCAGAAGGAGAAUGUACCCACAAGUCGGGCACCAUCUCAGCCAAGUGCAGCCAAGAUUCAAGGCCAAGACAGUGAGAACCAAAGGCAAAAACAAGGCAAUCGCAGGUCAAGAAAUCGAAGCAGAGGCCAACUUCUUGUGAAAACCUCGAAGGCCACGACCUUGCAGUUCGAGUCAGAUUUUGACUUUGAAACUGCAAAUGCUCAGUUUAAUGAUGAUCUGACAAAGGAGGUUGUAGUGGGGGAGGGGGAUUUGUGUUUUGUGUGUGAAUUGCUGCAGUUGAAAAGGUGGAUUCUGGCAAGGCCCAGGACAGCCAGGGUAUGCAGGAGGAGGAAACUCCCGGAGAGAAGUAUUAUGACAAAGCCAAAUGUUUCUUUGACAACAUCUCAUCAGACCUUAAGCCCAGGAGAACCACCUGGGCAGAGGAGAAAAAGUUGAACAUGGAAACAUUUGGAGUGCCUGGCCGCUUCCUGAGAGGCAGAGGAUUCAGGGGCCGAGGACGCAGUGGGCAGAGCACCGCUGAGCAGCGACCCCUCCCAAAAAUUGGUAGUGGGAGGGUGUGAAGUUUAGUUUAUUUGACUUUUCGUUAACUUUUUCUGUAAAUAUUGUAGUUUUGUAGUAUUGUGGCUUAUUUAAAAACUACCUCCCUACUUUCCCCACCCCAUUUGAAGCAAAGAUGUUUUUCUUUUCUUUAUCCCAACUCUAUGCAUCAGGGAAUUUUGUAACCUUCAUAUUAUAUGAAAUGGGAGAGCAAUUUCUUUGUAAUUAUACAGCUGUAUGCUAGAAACAAAUCUGUUGGUUUGGUAAAAUGCAAUGUGGAAUUUGUCUUUUGAACAGGCCAGCAGGAAUCUAAUUUAGGUUAUUUGUGUAUUUUUUUCUUUUUUUUUCUUUUGCUAAAUGUAUUAAAUUGUCUACUUGGCUGUCUAAAUGUAACUCCAAAUAGCUUUUGGAGUACAGCUGUACUUUUAUUUUUCUCCCCAUAAUGUAAAAUGAUAACUAAAAGACUGUGGAGGACUUUAACAGUUGCUAUUAAAUAAGUUAUGAUUAACGGA